AUGGAGAUCCUAAAGUCCGUUGCAAGUAUGAAAAGAAGUAUAUGUAGUUUGGCUAGGAUAGGGCCAAGGCCCACAGUGGUAAAAAGGACUUUGCUGUCACUUACUGUUACGACCCCUUAUGCAAGUGCAGGAUCGCUAAUAUCUCCACUCCAUGCGGUUUCACUGCGACUUGUUCACAAUACGAAGAAGACAGAUACUACACCAUUGGUUACGUCUGAAAGAACAACGAUGGCAUUCCAUAAGAUGUCUCUGGCUUCUUUAAGGAAUGAAUGUCGUUCUAGGGGCUUGAAAAUUUCAGGGAAAAAAGCAGAAUUAGUAGCAAGAGUAUCCUCACAUCAUGGAUUCGAUCAGGCGAGUACGGUUUCAACGAAAAAGGCAAAAAUCUUUACUAAGAAGCGAGCUAUUCACACACCUAGAAGAAUAUCGAGUGAUAUUGCCGAUCUUACAGCAGCGCCAAAAAUGUCCGCACGUACAAUGACAUACGAAACUAUAGCUGCUCAAAAGGUUGGAAAAGAUGCCGCGAAGCUUAUGAAAAGUAUUACACAACGAAAAGUGGUUACCUCUACUAUUGUCACGAAUAAGACAGCGAAGGAAAAUGGUGAUGAGAUAACUGCUCAGGAUAAAAUAUUCUUUUAUGGGUUUGUAACAAUUGUGGGAAUCUGGUGGUGUCUUCAAGAUUUUGAUGGUGAGAAGCAGUAG